AUGCGCAGAGAACUACUGUUUACAGCAGCGCUUGCUUCUUGUAUAGGUGCUGCUAGCGCAGCAUGGAAUCACAACGACUACCUCCAUAGCCCUACACCGGAUGAGAUUCCCAACCCGGAUGCAAUGGGCUCUGGGUGGGAAGAUGCCUUUGCACGGGCGUCGGACUUUGUCUCCCAGCUUACCACCGAAGAGAAGGUAGGCCUUGUCUCGGGGACGGAAGGGCCUUGUGUAGGAAACAUUGCGCCCAUCUACCGUCUUAAUUUCACAGGGCUCUGUAUACAGAAUGGCCCCUUGGCAUUAGAGCAAGGCACUUACUCCUCUGUCUUCCCUGCCGGGAUCACUAUCGCCGCAACGUGGGACAAGAACAUUGCCUACGAAAGAGGCAGUCAGAUGGCUGCCGAGUUCCGGGGCAAGGGGUCGCAGGUCCUUCUUGGGCCUGUUGCUGGGCCUCUUGGUCGCAGUGGUUUCGGUGGAAGAAACUGGGAAGGCUUCUCCCCUGAUCCGUAUUUGACAGGAGAAUUGUUCACGGAGACUAUCCUUGGUAUCCAGGACAGCGGUGUGCAGGCAUGCGCGAAGCACUACAUCGGUAAUGAGCAAGAAACUCAACGGCAGCCUUCCCAGAACGAAGACGGCACGACAAUUGAGAGUGUCUCUUCCAAUAUUGACGAUCGCACUAUGCACGAGCUCUAUCUUUGGCCAUUCCAGCAAGCCGUCAAGGCCGGAGUUGCUACUGUGAUGUGCAGCUACAAUCGCUUGAACCAAACCUACGGAUGCCAGAAUAGCAAGGCGCAAAAUGGUAUCCUCAAGGGGGAACUUGGUUUCCAAGGGUACGUGAUGUCGGACUGGGGUGCUACGCACAGCGGGGCGUUUGCCAUUAACGCAGGUGAGGACAUGGAUAUGCCGGGCACUGCAAGCUUCGGCCCUGUAUUCUUCAACCAGAACCUGACUGAGUCUGUUAAAAAUGGCUCUGUUCCAAUGGGCCGCCUGGACGACAUGUGUCGCAGAGUGAUGACGCCGUAUUUUCACCUGAAUCAGGACAAGGGCUUCCCGGCCAUGGACCCCGUCAAUAAAGAGCUCAACGCAGUCCUAUUCUCUAGCCCUGGAGAGUACAAAUACAAUUACACCUAUGGAGCAGUCGCCAAUGUUGACGUUCGCGGCAAUCAUGGAGCAGAAAUCCGCAAGCAAGCUGCAGACGGUAUUGUGCUCUUGAAAAACACCAACAACACUCUUCCUCUGAAGUCACCGAAACAUAUUACAGUUUUCGGCAAUGAUGCUGGUGAUCUCACGAACGGCAUGUCCGUUUUCUACUUCAAUGGUGUCGGUAACUAUGAAUAUGGCGUGCUUGCUGCAGGCGGGGGUUCUGGAUCAGGCCUCUUCACGUACUUAGUCAGUCCUCUAGAGGCAAUCAAGCAGCGCGCUGGCUUCCGAGAGAAGGCUCUUGUGCAAUAUGUGCUAAACAAUAGUGCUAUUAUUGAAGAAAAUAGCCCAUACCUCAAAGCUCUACUCCCAUCGUCCCCGGAUGUCUGCAUUGUCUUCCUAAAAAGCUGGGCGACCGAAGGCGAAGACCGCACGUCCCUCCACUCGGACUGGAAUGGUGACGAGGUUGUCGAGAAGAUCGCAUCUACGUGCCCAAAUACGGUGGUUGUGACUCAUUCCAACGGCGUCAACGUCCUACCCUGGGCGGACCAUCCCAACGUAACAGCCAUCCUGGCUGCCCAUCUUUCAGGCCAAGAAGCCGGCAGCAGCAUUGUCGAUGUGCUCUGGGGAGAUGUCAACCCGUCCGGCCACUUGCCCUACACGAUCGCAAAGCGAGAAUCUGACUAUUCCUUUGCUUCGAUUCAAAAUUCCACAGACCUCCAGGACACCGAUGAUCCAAGAGCAUGGCAGUCUGAUUUUAAGGAAGGGGUGUUGAUUGAUUACCGACACUUCGAUUACUAUAAUAAAACGGUACAAUACGAAUUCGGAUACGGUCUUUCAUACACGACCUUUUCAAUCGGAAAGCGCAUCUCCAUCACUCCUCUAUUCAAUGGUGAACUAUCGGCUCUGCCGGCGGAUGCAAAAGUCAUCCCGGGAGGCAACCCCAACCUUUGGGAGAUACUUUACAGAAUCUCUAUUACUGUGAAAAAUACUGGGGAGGUAGCUGGGGCCGCUGUGCCACAGCUUUAUUUGAGUCUUCCUAAAGGCACGUCUGAGGCGGCUUCGGCAGUUAAUGUUCUUCGGGGAUUUGAGAAGGUGCAGCUCCAGCCAGGAGAGUCUAGAGACAUCACUUUCCAGUUAACGAGGAGGGAUAUUAGUCACUGGGACGUUACCAGGCAGCAGUGGGUGAUACCAAGCGGGUUGAUGCAAGCACGCGUUGGUUUUUCAAGCAGGGAUUUCCGGGUGGCAGGCUCGUUCACUCCGAUCCGAUAA